AUGGCCGCACGCAGCGCAGCUCUCAAGGUCGACUGGGCCAAGAUCACCACCUCGCUCGGCCUGCGCGGCCAGACGGUCGCCGGCCUCCAGGCCUUCAAGAAGCGCAACGACGACGUCCGCCGCAAGGUCCAGCAGCUUUCCGAGCUCCCCACCACCGUCGACUUUGCCCACUACCGCUCCGUCCUCAAGAACCAGGCCGUCGUCGACGAGAUCGAGAAGCGUUUCACGGCCUUCAAGCCCGCCACCUAUGACGUCUCCCGCCAACUCAAGGCGAUCGAUGUGUUCGAGGCCGAGGCCGUCAAGAAUGCCGAGGCGACCAAGCAGAAGGUCGACUUGGAACUGAAGGACCUGGAGAAAACGCUGGCCAACAUUGAGAGCGCCAGGCCGUUUGAGCAGCUUACUGUUGAUGAGGUUGCUGCUGCUGAGCCGAGCAUUGAUGAGAAGACUGCCAAGUUGGUCAGCAAGGGCCGCUGGUCUGUGCCUGGGUACAAGGAGAAAUUCGGCGAUCUUUCCGUCCUUUAAGCGGUAUCAUGAGCUUAGUGCUGCUGCUGCCAUCAUCACUACGACGAUCAUCCACUGUUCCUUUUUCCAUGUGUACUCUAGCAUUGUAGAUAGCCUAAGACGCGCUGCUUGGGGGAGAGGGGCUGCCACCGCUGUGGUCAACAUCAUUGCGGAGGAGAGAAUUUUACCUAUUUAAAAUCCAUGCGGUUUUGGGCCAGUUACUCUUGCUGUUCUUUAGCGUUGGUGGACGUGGUGAGGUUGCUUUCCAUUGCGAUAAUACCCCAG